AAUUGACCGUCCGGUGUGGGCUUCAUUAUUUCACGUAAAAAAAUAUAUACAUAUUUGCGAUUAACAAUAUUAGGAGGAAAUUCGUGCGGUUGACGAGGAUCAGAUAAUCGCCCGGUGAAUAGCUCAAUUUUUGUCCCAUUAAACCGCGUUUUUCUAACUAUUUCUUAACUUAAUAAAUUAAUGUCCGCUUUGAUUAAACCGCAGUGCGCUGUGCGCGGGUUUCUCAGCGGUUGGCGGCUCGCUCAGUUCGGGUUGCCAUGUUGAUAGCUGACGAAGGGUUAUUCGUACCGCUGAAUAAGAGUGAUUGAUCCGCGUCGCGUUGCCGAACGUGAUACCGACGGAUUGCGGAUGAAGAUGAGCGGCGACAUGUUUGAGGGAAAGGACUACCCCACUCAGUGGGCUCUGAACCCCUCGGCCUACCAAAACAUGAGUAAUGAUCAAGUUGACUGGGCUGCCUUGGCUCAACAAUGGAUAAAAAUGAAAGAGACCGUCGUGCCUCCGGCUCCUCCACCCCCUUCUAUUGGCCCGAACCAAACCAGUGACGGAGGAGGCGGAGAAGCACCGAUGGAUAUGGAUACCAAAGAGGAUGAAGUGCCUCAGGCUCCACCUGCCCCUGGCAUAAGCGGCACAGAAGGAUGGAAUCAGUGGAGUCAAUGGAGCCAGUGGAAUACCACAGGAACGGGAUCGAGUGGCUGGGAAUGGGGUGGAGUUCCACCGCCUGGCAGCACUCUGGGACCAGAUGGAAAGCCUGUUGCUGUUCCUGUGGCUGUACCCUCGGUUCCUCCAGCUCCGACGAUAUCUGUGUCGCCAGGGUUCACUAUUCCUCCACCGGCAGCUCCACCUUCGUACAGUUAUAACACUGUCACACCGCCGCAAGCUUAUAACCAGGUACCCGGUUAUUGGACAGGUGAACAGUCAUCUGGUGUCGUCACGACCCAUCAACCUCCACCUUUUAUGAAAAGUGUACGACACUCUAACCGAAUGCCGCAUAUGCGAAGUAAUGACAUCAUGAGGGGCAGAGAUGACAGAGAGAAAACACCUGAGGAAGAUACCAGCACUACCAUAGAUGCAGCUAAAAGACGACAACUCCCAGCAUGGAUUAGGGAAGGUUUAGAAAAAAUGGAGAGAGAGAAGCAGAAGGCAGUUGAAAGAGAGAGGCAAGAAGUCUUACGUAAACAAGAAUUAGAGGUACGGAAACAAGCGGAAGAGGAAGCAAGAGCGGUGCUCAAUCCUGCCAAGAGCAAAUUCGAUUCAGACUCCGAAGAGGAAGGCGAGGUGGAAUCGGAAUCGGGCUUACCUAGUACAGACAGAGAAGCCGAAAGGGAGAAUGACAAGAGUCCCGAUGUUGUUGUGAGGCCUCGGCGAUCUCGAUUCAGGGAUGCCGCUUCCCCCGAUCAACGAGUGUCCACUGAAGAAAGUCCCCGUUCUACACCAGUCUCUACUCCUGCUCCUACCCCGAUUAAACGAUCCCGGGAAGACAUACUACAGGAUGUGAUGUUGAAAGUGCGAAGAUCGCUGACUGAGAUCCUGUUGGAAGUGACAAACGAAGAGAUAUCUACGGUCUGCAGAGAGGUUUGGAGCCGCGCACGUGCCAAAGCCCCUGCAGGACAGCCCCCCGUCGCAUCCUUCAACAACUCGGCCCCUCUUGCUCAGAUCACUCGAAAACUUGGUCUGGGCAUCUAUGGGGCCAGCGACAGCGAGUCUGACGACGAGCAGAGCGAAGACGAAGAGCAGCAGGACGUCGACAGUGAUGAGGAACUGCUGCAACUGAAGGAAGUCUGGAAGCGACGGCAACAGGCGUUCAAGAAGGUGGAGGAGGAGAUAGAGGCUCAGCUUGCGAAGGACGAGGAGCAGGAGUUGCACCAGCAGCAGGAGGAAGAUGGUCGUCAUAACAAGCAAGAGGAUAAUCAUAUGGGUAAUACUAGCAGCAAUGACUUAGUUGAUGAAAAAGAAACGAUAAAUAAUCAAAGAGAAGCAUCAGAAACACUAUCAAGCGGCGGACAAACGCCGCAGCGGCGAAGUGUUACCACAGAUACAGCAAAGGCGAGGUCGCCGUCAAGAUCGGCGGAUUCAGAGUCUAGCAGUGGCGAAUCCAGCAGCUCCAGUUCCAGUCUCGCUUCUGUGAAAACGGGCAGAAAAUCUAAUAGAGAUAGUGAGAGGGAUCGGAGAAAAAAGAGGUCGAAGAGCAGGAGCAAGUCGAGAAGCAAACACUCGAGAUCCCGAUCGGCCGAUAACGAUCAUGGCCACAGGCACAGACACAGGUCUCGCUCGCGGUCGCGGUCGCAGUCGCAGUCUAAAACUCCAAAACGGCAUCGCUCAAGAUCGAGCAGCUAUAGGUCAGGAAAGAAACACAGAUCGAGAUCUUGGGAAAGGAAAAGAUUGCGGUCGCGAUCCAAGGACAAAAAAAGCUCGAGAUCGCGGUCGAGGAAUCGAAAGAGAACAAGAUCACGAACACGUUCACGGGGGAAGAGGAGAUCGAAUUCCCAUUCUAGGGACAGGAGAAGGUCUCGAUCCAGAUCUCGUGACAUCAGGGAAAGAAGAAGGAGUCGUUCUCGAACGAGAGAGCGGAGAAGGAGUAGAACCCGUUCAAGGGAGAGGAGGAGGUCUCGGUCGCGAUCAAGGGAUCGUAGGAGGUCUAGAUCUUAUUCUUCCAGAGGCAAAAAGAGGAGCCGUUCAAGGUCUAGAGAUAAGCGGAGGUCACGAUCCAAAUCACGUUACUCGAGCCAUCGUGACGGUAAGAAGUCAUCGCGUCGGUACAGGGAGUGAACCUGUCCACCAUUUUAAACCAAGCUGGUACGAUUGGCUUGGCAAACACGUCUACUUCAUACCGCAGAACCACUUCCAGCUUUACAAAACUUCCGCUUUGUUUCAUCAAUGUUCAACACAGUGGUACAGUUUUCUUUUAAAUAUACUUAGCAUCGUUUUUCACUCUCUUCCUUUCUCUUUCUAUCUGUUCUUUUAACGAAUAAUGAGAUGCACAUGACUUGAUAAUCUUCUAAUAAGAAUGAUAAUAAUAGUAAUAGUGUCCCAUUACAGUUCAAGUUGAUAUCAGUCAGUUGCCAAAACUUAUACAUAUAUAAUUUAAAACGUUAACACGGACUAAAGCGUUUGUGUAAAUAAUAAAUAUAUAUUAUAAUCACUUGGAUCCGAGAAAAAUUUAUUCUCUUCUUGCUACCUUCUUAAGAUAUAGCGGAAAAUGAAUUUUAUUUUAAGGCCUUGUCUUUAACAGAUAAAUCUACUUAAUCGAACCAAUUAUGGAAAGAAAAUAAAACGCAGCUAAUUAUCAUGAAAUACUAUGGUAGUUUAUUGGAAUAUGGUUCAUGGGUGAUCAGUCCCAUUCUAAACUGUAUGAUACGUUCACAUAUCUUCUUAUUAUUUAUAUAAUUUAUGUAUACAAUAUUUAGAUGCAGUAUAUACACACACGUCGAUUCAUCUGACCAAUGAUCACAAAUUUUUUCCAUGGAAUAUUUUAUACUUAUGAUUUAUAAUAAUUUACAUCAUCACACGAUACUGUUGUGAAUACAUAUUAUAGGUAGUUUGUUGUCGGUAGGGGAAACCAAGACGGGAAUACUGUCUAAGCUGCAGAUUUUAUAUUUCUUAAGAUAAUUAAUCUGAAAUGAACUUUUCUUACAAUGCGUUUCACCUAGAAAUUUUACGCAAUAAUUUUUCGCGCUAGAUCAAUAUUUCCCGUACUGCUCCAUAAUUUAUUCUUCACCUUUUUAAUUGCUACAAAAUAUUGGAAUAUUUUCAAGUGUCGGAAAUCGCGCUGAAGCUUGUUUUAUACUUAUACAUGACAAAUUUCAUUCGUGAAAAUAAAAUUUCAAUAAUAAUAAAAAUUGCUCCAUUGUACCAUUUGAACAAAAAUACAUUACAGUUAGAUGAAUUUAUUCCUGGUUGUUAAAAAAGCAUAGAUGGCUGGUGUUACAUUAAACAUCAGUUUAAUUAUCAGUGUACGUAUGCAAAUAACACUUAAAAUUCAUCCAAUAUUUCCUUAAUUUCAUACGCAUCUAUUGAUUAUUAAUUUAGAUUAAUUUAACGUCGUAUAAAUACCUUCUAUACUUCAGCAUAAGAAAUUACUACUCCCGAUAACAAAAUUGUCAGCACGAGAACGGUGCAUUGAAGCAGACUCGAAGAAGGACAUCUUGUACAGUGAUUGCAAAUGUUUAAAUGUUUACCGAUUGUCUGCCAAAAUUUUUACUAUUUGUUCAUAUUCUAACAUAUAAGUAAGUAAAUAUGCUCAGCAAUACAGGUUGUCACGUAAGUUGAGAGAUGUAAGGAAUAGUUGUUCUCUUUUAUUUUUUUUAAAACCAACGAACUGCGAAAUGUUAUACAUACACGUGGGACAAAUAAUUACAUUCUUGCUUGUAGAAGUUGUCCUUCUCUAUUCACCGGGGCUCGGAAUAUCAUAGAAUCAA